AUGUUUCAGGAAGAUCAUAUUUUCGGUGGGUUUUUGGAGGGUACCAAUCAUACCAAUCAUCAUCAAGAAUCAGCAAGUGUCCAUGAAUAUUGGGGAGAUUACUCUUCAUCUUCUUCAGCAAUGCAUAUUAAGGACCAAUGGGAUCCUAAAUCCUCACCGGACGAUUGUACUGGCGGUGGCGAAUGCGACUUAUAUUUUCUUCGGGGACUAUUUUCACCCGACAGCCACAGGGACAUGAAGGUGGAAUCAUCACCAACUGCCACAGUGCCAACCACCACGGCCACGGCGGCUGGUCGGAGAAAGCGCAGGCGCACCAAGAGUGGUAAGAAUAAAGAGGACAUAGAGACCCAAAGGAUGACUCAUAUUACCGUGGAGCGCAACCGCCGGAAACAGAUGAAUGAAUAUCUAGCCGUGAUCCGUUCAAUGAUGCCAUCUUCUUAUGCUCAAAGGGGUGAUCAGGCAUCAAUAGUUGCAGGAGCCAUUAACUUUGUGAAACAAUUAGAGCAUCAAGUACAAACGCUGGAGGUUAAGAAAAGCGCGAAUCUUAAUGGCUAUUCUCCACCAUCACAGCCCUUUAAGGAAUUCUUUACAUUCCCACAAUACUCUAUUGGCCGGGAUAUUUAUGAUGAUGGUGGUGGUGGUGGUUCAGCCACCAAGACCAAAAACCGGCCACCUGCUAUGGCUGAAAUCGAAGUGGCAAUGGUGGAAAGCCAUGCAAACCUUAAGAUACUUUCCAAGAAACGGAAGACACAGCUCUUGAAGAUGGUUGCUGGUCUACAGUGUUUAUGGUUAACUAUUCUUCACCUUAAUGUUACCACAGUUGAGCAAAUGGUUCUCUACACUCUUAGUGUCAAGCUUGAAGAUGGAUGCCAACUGAGUACAGUAGAUGAGAUUGCAGAUGCUGUUAAUUUCUUGUUGUGCAGAAUUGAAGAAGAGUCGCUUUGUUCUAAUUAAUUAAGUUCAAGAAACUCGAUGUUUCUAUAGUACUCUGGGUUUUAAUUGUAAUCUAUAAAGUGAAUUAUUGUCAUCUACUUUUUUUAGUUCAUUUUUUAUCACAUUUUUGUGGUUUGGAGACAAGUGUUGUUACCUAAUGAUGUCCAC